UCCCGAAGCGAGAUCAGCACAGUGCGGCAAGAUGGCGCGUCUUGCAGUAGUCGCUUUGGCUUUUGGCCUGUUCGUUUGCAUCCACGCUGCCCCAGGUUAUGGUGGCGGCAGUAGUGGCGGAGGAUUCGGCGGCGGUGGCGGAGGCGGGUUCGGAGGCGGCGGUGGCUUCGGAGGCGGCGGCGGCGGUGGCGGUGGAUUUGGCGGUGGCAAAGGAGGUGGUGGCGGCCUCGGAGGUGGACUAGGCGGAGGCAACGGUGGAGGCCACGGAGGUGGACUGGGCGGAGGCAACGGAGGAGGUCUAGGCGGUGGUUCCGGCGGCGGCUUAGGUGGAGGCAAUGGCGGUGGCCACGGAGGCGGUCUCGGAGGUGGUAAAGGCGGCGGUCUGGGAGGUGGCCAUGGAAGUGGACUUGGCGGAGGCAAUGGCGGUGGUUUGGGUGGUGGUCAUGGCGGCGGUCUCGGAGGCGGUAACGGCGGCGGUCUGGGCGGCGGUCUCGGAGGCGGACGUGGUGGUUCCGGCGGUGGCGGU